GGGCCGCCCCGGGCCGGGCCAUGCGCUGAGGCCGCCGCGCCGCCCGCAGCCAAGGGCGGAUCCCGGGCAGGACACGCGGCGGCAGCACCUCCGGGGCAAGAUGCCGGAGCAGAGCAACGACUACCGGGUGGUGGUUUUCGGCGCCGGCGGCGUCGGCAAGAGCUCGCUGGUGCUGCGCUUCGUGAAGGGGACCUUCCGAGACACCUACAUCCCCACCAUCGAGGACACCUACCGCCAGGUGAUCAGCUGCGACAAGAGCGUGUGCACCCUGCAGAUCACCGACACCACCGGCAGCCACCAGUUCCCGGCCAUGCAGCGCCUCUCCAUCUCCAAGGGCCAUGCCUUCAUCCUCGUCUUCUCCGUCACCAGCAAGCAGUCGCUGGAGGAGCUGAAGCCCAUCUACCAGCAGAUCGUGCAGAUCAAGGGCAGCGUGGAGAGCAUCCCCAUCAUGCUGGUGGGCAACAAGUGCGACGAGACGCAGCGGGAGGUGGAGAGCAGGGAGGGGGAGGCCAUGGCCAAGGAGUGGAAAUGCGCCUUCAUGGAGACCUCGGCCAAGAUGAACUACAACGUCAAGGAGCUCUUCCAGGAGCUGCUGAACCUGGAGAAGAGGAGGAACGUGAGCCUCACCAUCGACGGGAAGCGCUCCAGCAAGCAGAAGAGGACAGACAAAAUCAAGGGGAAGUGCAGCAUCAUGUAGAGAGCCCCGGACUGGCCCGUGCCCCCCCUCUGGACCCCCCUUCUCCCCCCCCACGGCCGGACGUGGCAGUGGCAUCGCAGCGGGACCGUCCCCUCGUCCUCCGUGUGCCAUCACUGUGACUGUGCGGGGACUCCUGCGCUCGCCCCGGGGCUGGGGGUGAAGACGGGGCGUCCCCCCGAGCCGAGGGACACGCGGCCACCCCCUGCCGGGCACGGCAGGACCCCCGGACCACCCGCACCCCCCACACUCACAGCACAACCGGCGGCCCCGGCCCCGGCCCCCGUCGGUCCUCGUGGGAGGGAAGGACCUCGUGGUGGUGUCGGUGUCACCCUCGGGGAUGGUCACACGCGUCCCAGGCCCUCCCCACGCCCCCGUCCCCACGCCAUAGUGCUCUGCUCCUGCGGGCAGAGACCCGGGGCGGGGGCAGCCCCCGCGCGGUGCCGUGACCCCCCCUGAGUCCCCACCCCACCCUGGCACCGCAGCCCUCUGGGCCUCCAGCCCUGUCCCGGUGCCAUGACCCCCCCCAAGCCCCCCGUCCUGUCCUGGUGCCGCAGCCCCCCGAGCCCCCAAUGCCAUCCUGGUGCCGUGGUCCCCCCCCCGUCCUCCCAGCCCUGUCCUGCCGCCGUGGACCCCCCCGAGCCCCCCAGCCCCCUCCCGGCGCCGCGGUCCCCCAGCCUCCCCCAGCCCCGUCCCGGUGCCGCAGCCGGAGCCACCAGCCCAAGCACAAAGCAUCGGGUCCAACGGGAGGCCCUGACCCAGCACAAUCCUGGUGAGCUCCGGCGGGAGACCCCCGGCCCCACCGCCAGCCGGGCCCCCCGCGCCCCCCGCUGCCCCCUUCCCACGCAGGAUGUGCCCCGGGGACCCUCCGGUGUCCCCCCACCCCUCAGAGCCCGGCCCCACACCCCGGGACCCCCCCGGCUCCCCCCAGCUCUGUCGCAGCCCUGCUUGUCCCCCCCCCCCGGCCGGAGCGGGGUCCCCGCGCUGUCACCAGCCCCUCGUCCCCGCGAGGUUUGUCCCCUCGUCCCCGCGAGGUUUGUCCCCUCGCCCCGAGGUUCGUCCCCUCGCUCCGGCCCCGCUCCCGCUGUCCCCGAGGGGGUGUCCCCGAGGGGGUGUCCCCGGGCAGGCUGAGCCCCCCCCCCUCCAUCCCAGCUCCCCCCGCAUCCCCCCCCCGGCUUUUUACAGGAGGACCCGCGUGCCCAGGGGACGAGGUGACGUGACGAUGUAGCCUUUACUCUAGAAAUAGUCUUCCUUCAAUAAAGAGAUGAGAAACGCU